UAGAGAAAUAGCUGUGCCUGAAAUAUAAGGGAAGCCAGUUCGAGGGAGACGCCGUCCCGCUAAACAUCAGCCUAGAGCAGCCAGCAGCCAUGGAUGAUCUUACUAAAGACCAAAUCCAACUUCUUAAGAGGGCUUUCGAUGCCUUCGCCCAGAACAAGGGCUAUAUUGAGGCCAACAUGGUCGGCACCAUCCUUCAGAUGUUGGGCCAUGAGGUUUCCGAGGCUAGAUUGAAGGAGAUCAUUGAAGAAGUCGACGCCGAUGGUUCCGGCCAACUGGAAUUUGAGGAGUUCGUCUCACUGGCUGCUGGAUUCUUGACAGAAGAAGACCAGGAUGCCGAAGCCAUGCAACAAGAACUCCGAGAAGCAUUCAGGUUGUACGACAAAGAAGGUAACGGCUACAUCACAACAGCCGUCCUCAGGGAAAUCUUGAAAGAACUCGAUGAUAAAAUUACAUCCCAGGAAUUGGACAUGAUGAUCGCUGAAAUUGAUUCCGAUGGAUCUGGAACAGUUGACUUCGAUGAAUUCAUGGAAGUUAUGACUGGUGGCGAUGAUUAAACCAAAACAACCCAUGUCCAUUCCCAAAGGCAACCACAUCAAUCAAGAAAGAGGGGAAUUAGUUUUAACAUACUGUGUUUCAACUUCAAAAAAUCCUUAAACUUUGAUGUGGGAUAAUUAAACCUAUGGCUGCGAAUACCACAAACGCCAAUAUUUAAAAAAAAUUGUAGAGGCGUUUUAUUAUCGGUAAAUAAUGCCAGAAGACACAUUUUGGCAUCUAUGGGAUAUGAUUAAAAUUACUUUUUUAAUGUGA